AUGGUAGCACAACAGGCAAGUAUAGAACCUGUUGAGGUGAUAGACUCAAGUCAGGUCGUCGAAGAACCAGUACCAUUUACUGUAGAAGAUCAAUUAGAACAAGCUUCUCGUCCUACUACAGAUAAUAAUAAUAACAAUAAUGUUAAGUCUGGUAGAGAGUUGAAAAGAACAAAGACUAGUCAGGAUAUCGAAGAAUCGAAAGUUUCCAAUGUAGGUACAGAUACCGUUACUAGACCUCAUGUAGACGCUACAUACGUAGGAUGGAAACAAAUGUCAGGAUGGGUUGAAAGAGAUAGACUAACCUUAGAUGAUGAAUUGGUAGAUUUGGAUCAAGAAACUAUCUUGAAUAAUGUCUUACCUGAUUAUUUGUAUGGUGAUUGGUACCAUUUUGUUGCAAUCAUCUUUGUUGCUGGUAUUUUAUCAUUUACGUUUGGUUACUUCAAGUUUUCUUUGGCUCCUGUGUUCUUUAUUAUAGUCUUAACUGGGUUAUUAUAUCGUACUAAUGCUAAGAAAUAUCGUGCUUCAAUCAGAGAAUUGAUUCAAAAGGAAUUCACUGUUCAAAAGAUAGAAGAUGACUACGAAACAAUGGAAUGGUUGAAUAAUAUGUUGGAUAAAUAUUGGCCUAUUAUUGAACCUAGUGUCUCCCAAAUGGUUGUCACUCAAGUGAACGAUCAAUUGGCUACAAACCCAUCUGUCCCAGCAUUUAUUAAGUCAUUAUGGGUAGAUAAGUUUACUCUGGGGAUUAAACCUUUUAGAAUUGACUCGGUGAAGACAUUCCAAAAUACAGAAUCAGAUAUUGUGGUCAUGGAUUGGACGGUGUCAUAUACACCUCAUGAUUUAUCAGAUAUGUCUGCAAAACAAUUGAAAAAUUAUGUUAACCAAAAAGUUGUAGUCAAGGCCAAGAUGUUCGGUAUUACAAUCCCAGUUGCUGUCUCUGAUAUCUCAUUUAAAGUCGACACUAGAGUAAGAUUUAAAUUGAUGACCCCAUUUCCUCAUGUUGAAACCAUCAAUGUUCAAUUGUUAGAAGUUCCUGAUAUCGAUUUUGUAUGUCGUUUGUUUGGUGAUAAUGUCUUUAAUUGGGAGAUAUUAGCUAUACCGGGACUUUACUCCACAAUUAAUACUUUGGCAAAGAAAUAUAUGGGUCCUAUGUUUUUACCCCCCUUUUCUUUACAAUUAAAUAUCCCACAAUUAUUAUCUCAAUCUAAUUUAUCUGUUGGUGUCCUGGAAGUCACUGUAAAAAAUGCUAAGGAUAUUAAACGUGCAAACACAUUCAUUAAUGCCUCGAUAGACCCAUACUUAGCUUUCGAAUUAUCAGGAAAAACUGUGGGUAAGACUAGAACAGUUAGAGAUUCAUUGAAUCCUAUCUGGGAUGAAACUCUAUAUUUGUUACUGUCGUCAUUUACUGAUCCUUUAACGAUUACAUUGUUCGACAAGAGAGAAAAACUAAAGGAUAAAGUCAUGGGUAGAGUUGAAUACAAUUUAAACUCCAUGCAUGAUAAAGAAAUUCAAACAGAUCUUGUUUCUCACUUCUUAAGAAACUCUAAGCCCGUUGGUAAUUUGUCCUUUGAUUUGAAAUUCUUCCCGACUUUAGAACGUAAAGUUUUACCAUCUGGUGAAGUAGAAGAAUUGCCAGAUCUGAAUACUGGUAUUGCUAAGAUUGUUGUAGAAGAACUACACGGUAUGAACGAAGAAAAUAAGAAAGGUUCCUAUUACAUUGAAGUGUUUUUGAAUGCUAAAUUGGUAUUGACUACAUCGAAGGUAACGAAAGAAGAUAUUCAAACUUUUAAUCAAGACUACGAAUCAGUGAUCCCAGAUCGUCGUAAGUCUCGUUAUAGAUUUAUUGUUAAGGAUGCUAACACAGAUGAGAUUGUUACCUCGAUGGUACAAAAUCUAAAUGAUUUGAUUGAUAGAACAGAAAUCGGUAAAUUAUUGAUCCCCCUUCCAGGUAGUAAAGCUAAAUUAAAAGUCACUACAUAUUGGAAGCCUGUUAGAUUAGAUCUUGGUAAUAAUUCUAUUGCAUAUACUCCUCCUAUUGGUUUAGUAAGAGUUUUCUUGAAGAAGGCAGUCAACUUGAAAAACCUGGAGACUGUGGGGUAUAUCGAUCCAUAUGCCAGAGUACUUGUCAAUGGUAUAUCCAAGGGUAGAACUGAUUAUGAGUCUCAAACUUUGAACCCUGUUUGGAACUUCUCUAUUUAUGUGGCAAUCACUUCCCCGAACCAAAAGAUUUCUGUGGAAGUGAUGGAUGUGGAGACAGUGAACAAGGAUCGUCGUGUUGGUAUCUAUGAUAUUGACCUUUCAGAUCUUGUCCAUGAGGAUGAUGAUGGUAAGUACAUAACUAAGGAAGAUGACAACGACAAAACUGUACGUUUGAUAGGUAAGGAUGGCCCAAGUGGUCAAUUGGUCUAUAAUGCUUCUUUCUAUCCUGUUAAGCCAAUAUUGACGUUAGAGGAAGUUCAAGAUUUGGAAAAAGUGGGAAAGAGAAAACAAAAAUUGGAAGACAAGAAGGCUAAAAUUGAUAUGAGCAAGAUUGCUCCAGUAGAAAAGGAUAUCAUAGAAGCAGAAGAAAGUGAACUUAAUGAAUUGACAAAUUUGUAUUCUCACAAACAAAAAUUAUCAUUGGAAGAAUUGUUGAAAUUCCAAUCUGGUGCGCUUGCUAUAUCUGUGUUGAAUGGUGAAUUGCCUGAUGCCGGUUACUAUGUUCAAGCUUUUUUCGAUGGUAAUGGUCAUUCACGUUUCAAUAGUCCUAAGAUUAAUUCAAGGAUUAUUAGAGAUGGUUGGACAGGUGAUGUUGCUGUCAAAGAAUUGAAGAAUUCAAUGACUACAUUUAGAGUGACGAAGAAUCGAUACGGUAACAGAGUGGAAAGUUGUGUCAGUGAAGUAUCGUUACCAACUAUAGAGUUAGUUAAGAACUGUUAUAAUAAGCCAUCGAUCAUUACCUUGAGUGGUGAGGGUGCAACUAAAUUAAUGAUCCAAGUUUCGUGGUUCCCAUUAGAUGUUGAAAAAUUACCAGCAUCUGAUUUGAUGAGUAAUUCUGGUGAUUUGACUAUUUCUUCAAAGAAUGCAGAAAAUCUAAUGGCUUCUGAUUCUAAUGGAUUUUCAGAUCCAUAUUUGAAAUUCUAUAUUAAUGAUUUCAAGGAUCAUUUGUAUGAAACACCAACCGUAAAGAAGACAUUGAAUCCGGUUUGGAAUGACACUGGUAAGAUUGUAGUGAAAGAUCGUGUCAAUAGUAUGCUUAAUAUCAAAGUUAUGGAUUGGGAUGCAGCCUCCUCUGAUGAUAUCAUUGGUCGUGCUAGUAUACCAUUAUCUAGUAUUGAACCUGGUCAAACAAUCGAUAUGGAUGUACCUGUGAGACGUGAUGAUGGUGGUGACGGAGGUAUUCUACAUAUGACGUUUGAAUUCGAACCAAGAUAUGUGUUAAGUGUCGCCAAGCGUGAGAAGAAAGUAGGUGACGUUGCCAGUAAAGGUAUUGGUAGUGGUUUGAAAGUCGGAACCACUGUUGUGUCGACAGGUGUUGGGACAAUUGGUAAGAUUGGGAAAGGUGUAUUUGGUGCGGUUGGUUUAAAACGUAAAAAGAGUAGCAAGACUCCCAAACAAACUAAUGGUGACGAAUAG